UCUCCUCACGUACGAUUGUUUUGUGUUUUCAGAAAUGGAUGGAAGGCCUGAAAUCGGUGAUUCACAACUUCAAGGCGAAUAACGUGUGUCCAAUGACUUGCCUGAAGAAACAUUGGAUGAGACUCUCCUUCCUAACGAAUGUCAAUGGAAAAAUCCCGGUCCGAGGUAUCACACGGACGUUCGGCUCAGGUAAAACGGAGAAGGGAAUCUUCCAGGCGCUGAAGGAACUCGGUCUACCCAGUGGGAAGAAUGAUGAAAUCGAGCAUUCGGCCUUCACCUUCGACAUCUUCUACUCUCUGACGCAGAAGAUCUGCCCUCGCACGGACAUCGAGGAGCUCUUCAAGAAGAUCAACGGAGACAAAACUGAUUAUUUAACCGUAGAGCAGUUAGUCAGCUUUCUGAAUGAAAACCAGCGGGACCCUCGACUCAACGAGAUCCUCUUCCCCUUUUAUGAAGCCAAACGAGUCAUGCAGAUCAUUGAGAAGUACGAGAGAGACACCGACUUGAAAAAGAAAGGUCACAUGUCCAGCGACGGCUUCUGCCGCUACCUGAUGUCAGACGAGAACGCUCCGGUGUUCCUGGACCGUCUGGAUCUGUGUCAGGAGAUGGAGCAUCCGCUGGCUCAUUACUUCAUCAGCUCCUCACACAACACCUACCUGACGGGCCGGCAGUUCGGCGGGAAGUCCUCGGUGGAGAUGUACCGACAGGUGCUGCUGUCCGGAUGCAGGUGUGUCGAGCUGGACUGCUGGGAUGGUAAAAGUGAGGAUCAGGAGCCCAUCAUCACUCAUGGGAAGGCCAUGUGCACCGACAUCUUGUUCAAGGAUGUAAUUCAAGCCAUAAAGGAAACGGCGUUUGUAACGUCUGAAUAUCCUGUCAUUCUGUCCUUUGAGAACCACUGCAGUAAAACGCAGCAGUAUAAGAUGGCCAAGUAUUGUGAGGAGAUCUUCGGAGAGCUGUUGCUGAAGCAGCCGCUGGAGGGAUUCCCAAUCGAAGCCGGGCAGCCGCUGCCAUCGCCCAACGACCUCAAGCGCAAAAUACUCAUCAAGAACAAGCGCUUGAAGCCUGAAGUGGAGCAGAAGCAGCUGGAGUCGUUUAAGAAGCACAUGGAGGCUGGAGAGAUGAGCAUACCUGUGUCUCUGUCAGAGGAUCCGGAUGAGGAGUGUGUUGUCGGAGCUGGAGAACAAGAAGAAGGUGCGAGUGCUGUUAGAUUGACAGACGGAGCUGCAGCUGCUGAUCUGACUGAGCGUGACGCUGUGUUUCUUCAUCAGAGUGUGGAAGCGGCUGAAGAUGCUGACGCCGAGCAGCAGCUCAUCGCCUCGUAUAAGUAUGAAGGAGCCACGACCAACAUCCAUCCGUACCUGUCAGCCAUGGUCAACUACGCUCAGCCCGUCAAAUUCCAGAGCUUCGAGGUCGCAGAGGAGAGAAACAUCCAUCACAACAUGUCGUCCUUCAACGAGUCUGUGGGUUUGGGCUAUCUGAAGACCAACGCCAUUGAGUUUGUGAACUACAACAAGCGGCAGAUGAGCCGCAUCUAUCCCAAAGGAGGCCGCGUGGACUCCAGCAAUUACAUGCCUCAGAUCUUCUGGAAUGCCGGCUGCCAGAUGGUGUCUCUGAACUUCCAGACUCCAGAUCUGGGUAUGCAGCUGAAUCAGGGGAAGUUCGAGUACAACGGCGCAUGCGGGUACCUCCUCAAACCAGACUUCAUGCGCCGCGCCGACAGAAUGUUCGACCCCUUCUCUGAGACGCCAGUAGAUGGAGUGAUAGCAGCAACCUGCAGCGUACAGGUGUUCUCGGGUCAGUUCUUAUCGGAUAAGAAGAUCGGCACGUAUGUGGAGGUGGACAUGUACGGCCUUCCCACCGACACCAUCCGGAAAGAGUUCCGCACACGUAUGGUGAUGAACAACGGGCUGAAUACCAACGAGGAGCCCUUCGUCUUCAGGAAGGUGAUCCUGCCGGAUCUGGCCGUGCUGCGUAUCGCUGUGUACGACGACAACAACAAGCUGAUCGGUCAGAGGAUCCUGCCGCUGGACGGACUGCAGGCCGGUUACUGACACAUCUCGCUGCGCAACGAGGGAAACAAGCGGUCGCUGCCCACCGUCUUCUGCAACAUCGUCCUGAAGACAUACGUGCCAGACGGCUUCGGCGCCAUCGUCGACGCUCUUUCUGAUCCAAAGAAGUUCCUCACCAUCGCAGAGAAACGCGCCGACCAGAUGCGGGCUCUCGGGAUCGAUACGAGCGACAUCGCAGACAUUCCCAACGAAAACUGCAAGAGCGAUAAGAAGGGAAAAGUGAGUCAGGUGAAGACUAACGUGACGCCGCAGAGCAGCUCCGAGAUGAACGCCACACAGAACAACGUCAGUGAGAGCAAACGCGAUAAUUCUGCCAUUGUGAAUCACGUGAACAUUGAAGAUUUAAAGCAGAUGAAGACCUUCAUUAAACUGAUGAAGAAGCAGCAGAAGGAACUGAACACGCUAAAGAAACGACACGCUAAGGAACACAACGCCAUGCAGAAAUCACACUGCACGCAGGUGGACAAAAUGGUGGCUCAGCAUGACAAGGAGAAGUUCACGCUGGAGAAGCUGCUGGAGAAGGCCAUCAAGAAGAGAGGUGAAAACAACUGCUCCGAGUUAAAGAAGGAGACGGCCAUAAAGGUCGAGAUGCUCACGACAGACCAUAAAGAAAAGGUGAAGGACAUAGUGGCGCAGCACACUAAAGAGUGGUCAGAGAUGAUCAACUGUCACAGCACAGAGGAACAGGAAAUGAAGGACGCCCAUGUGACACAGCAGUGUGAGCUCCUCAGGAAGCUGCUGGCCAGCGUUCAGGAGCAGCAGACGCUGCAGCUCAAGCUCAUCCAUGAGCGGCAAAGCAAAGAGAUGAAGGCCAAUCAGGCGAAGACGUCGAUGGAGAACAGCAAAGCCAUCAGCCAGGACAAGAGCAUCAAAAACAAGGCGGAGCGCGAGAGGAGAGUUCGGGAGCUGAACAGCAGCAACACCAAAAAGUUCCUGGAGGAGAGAAAAAGGCUGGCCAUGAAGCAGGCGAAGGAGCUGGAGCAGCUGCAGAAAUCUCAGCGAGAGCAGCUGGACAAACUCGAGAAGUUCAACGAGCAGGCCAAAGACAUGCAGAAGAUGGUGAAGCUGGAGGAGGACAUGGACCGCAGGCCAGCCACGGUGGUGUAA